ACUCUUGUAGAAGAUGGAUCACAUGUCUCCCAAACUGAGAGCCUUCCUCUCAGAACCCAUAGGAGAAAAGGAUGUCAUCUGGGUGGAUGGGGUCAGCCAUGAGCUUGCAAUCAACUUGGUCACCAAAGGUUUCAGCAAGGCCUACAUCUUGCUUGGGCAGUUCCUUCUGAUGCACAAGAACGAGGCAGAGUUUCAGAGGUGGAUCAUUUGUUGUUGCGGUGCCACUGAGUGUGAAGCCCUGGAGACUUCUAACUGUCUGAAGGAGUGGUGCGCCUGCUUCCUGUAGACACA